AUGGCUGCUGCACUCAUGCAAGCCUACUCUGCGAUGAAUGGCUGGAUGAAUGAAGAAGGAAUAGUCAAUGGCAUGUGGACUGCGUUCGUAUCACCCUCCAUGUCGUCGUUGCUGCAUGUUAAUCCAGAUUUAUACAGCAUCCUCAACGAGCUGUUCCCGCAAAACACUCUCAAUUUCCUUAUCGGGCCCGAAGUUCAUAGUGCCAACAACACGAACAGAGCCGACCUUUCAAUCUAUGAAUCGACACCACGGCGGGACUCGGCAACUAUACGCGAAAAGUGGUUGUUGUCUACGAAGGCAAGAGGUCAGGCUCUACGGACGGUUGGGAUGAUAUUCUCACCCAAUGCGACAACUGGACGAGAAGGCAACCAACGAACGUGUUUGCCGUCGGCGAAUGCUGUUGGUAUAUUGGUGCAAAGGGAGGACACGCCAAACUUUGGGUUUGCAAGCGCAUAG